AUGCCGGAAGGAACGAAGGUCCAGCAUGACACCGACGAGGGGAGCGAAUACAUCCGCGACGCCGUUCAGCAGGCAUCAACAGCAAUGGGCAAGUUCGAGAACGAGAAGGAUAUCUCGCGCCAUAUCAAGGCAUUCUUCGAUGGCAAGUAUGGGCCAAACUGGCACUGUAUCGUUGGCAAGGGCUUCGCAACCCACGCCACUUACGAGGCAAAAACUUCCAUGUUCUUUUACCUGCCGCCCUUGGCGAUCCUGUUAUACAAGAUGGGGCGGCCUCCCAAGUUGGGCCUUGUUGUAGAAUUCGAUGUCCUGGUUAAUUACCUGGUUCUUCCUUCGUGCAACAUGUGCAAGUGA